AAAGCCUCCUGGGACCAAAUUGCCGCGCCAGCGAAUACGACGCGCUACGUGCACCACUCGUGCCUUUGACAGACUGACAGCGUUGCCCACAGCACGCCACGGCAUCUCCACAAGCGCUGCGCCGCACCAAUCCAGCAGCAGCGACAACAUCUCGACAGCCGCGCCGCACCAAACACGCCACAAACGACAAAAAAAUGGCCGGCCGCCUCCUCCCCCUCGAGUUGGUAGACAAGUGCAUCGGUUCUAGGAUCUGGGUCAUCAUGAAGGGCGACAAGGAAGUGGUGGGUACGUUGCGCGGCUUCGACGAAUUUGUUAAUAUGGUCUUAGAUGAUGUGACGGAGUACGUCGUGACGGCGCGCGGUCGGGAAAAAACAAAACUCGACCAGAUUUUGUUGAAUGGCAACAACGUGGCCAUGAUGGUUCCCGGGGGCGAUCCGGAGGCGCCCGAUGCCCAACCGAGGAAGUGAUGCUGAUCGUGAAGAACAAGGCGGCGCUGGUCCGAGCGGGGCCUUCGUUGGCGUCCGACGUCAUAGGCGAGCUGCCGAAGGGGACGGUGCUGACUUGCGGCGAGUCCGCGUUCCACGACGGCGUCGCGCGGCGGGAAGUGCUGGCGCCGUUGAAAGGCUGGGCGUCGGCGAAGUGCCUCGCCGACGCGCCAGUUGAUCUGCCGCCGCCCCCGCCGCCGGAAGCCGGUCCGGAGCCGCCGCCGCGGCUCUGGGCCCUCUCCGACGUGCACACGGACCAUGGGGAGAACCUGGACUGGUUAAAACGUAUGUGUUCAAGGACGGACUUGCGACGGGACGGCCUCAUCUUGGCCGGCGACGUGUCGUCGCGCUUCUCGAUUCUAAGGGAGACGUUACAACUGUGCAAGCGCGCCUUCGCUGACGUGAGUUUUGUCCCGGGCAACCACGACGUCUGGGUCACGCGCGGCGAGCCCUGGGCCGACUCGCUCAGCAAAUUGCGAGCGGUCGACGCUCUGUGCGACGAGCUCGGCGUGCGCCGCACACCAGCCAUCAUGGGCGGUUGUGUGGUCGCGCCGCUCUGCGCCUGGCACCACGCGGCCUUCGACCGCGAGCCCGAGGUGACGGGCUGGGCGGGCCUGCCGCCCGCAUCCCAGGUUAUCUCGGACUUUUACCUCUGCAAGUUCCCGGGUCUGUCUCUGUGUGGAAAUCAGCCAGUGUGUCGGGUGCACUUCUCGGCGAUGACGCGGCCGUGUUGGCUCCGUCGAGCAAUGGGGAACCGGCAUCGCCACGCCAUCGAGCAGGCGUCGCGUCGAUGGCGUGGAACGCGCCGUGAAAUUUUGAUUUAUGCACAGGCCUCUCGCAAACGGAUGACUCGGUCGCGGAGGCCCUGGACGCGCGCAACGAUGAUGGCGCCAUCGCCGCGCUGCGCCGGGCACAUCCCUCACUGCCGCUCGUGACCUUCUCGCACUUCGUCCCGCGCCCUGAAUUAGUUCCUGAGAAGCGGUACCUGUUCGUGCCGGCGCUCGCGAAGGCCGUGGGCUCGACGUUCCUCGAGCGGCGCGUCGCGCGCCUGCAGCCGGACGUGCACGUCUUCGGCCACACGCACUUCGGCUGGGAUGCUACUAUAGAUGGCGUGCGCUACGUCCAGGCGUGCCUGGCUUAUCCGCGGGAGCGCCGCGACCGGCUCACUACCGUCGCCGCCGUCUGCUGCCCCGCGGACGCGCCCGACCGCGACACGUGCCCGCCGUGCACCCCGUUUCCGGUCGCGCCGGCGCCGCUGCUCCUCGGAGAGGGCGGCGCCUUCGUGCCGCGCUACCGGUGCGGCUGGUCUGCGUUCUACGACGUGAAUCCGCGGCGGCCGGACCUGACGCACAUGCUGCCGCCCUACGUCGCGAAGCAGUACUCCUGCGUGCCGGGCGUCGGCGAGGUCGGCUGGGGAGAGGGAGUGGUCGCGCCCGCGAGCGCGAUGCUAAGUAUCUCCACAUAACA